CCACGCUCCUUCCGCCCACACUUCCUGCGGCGCGACCCGAACCCCAACCCCGACGCCCCCAUCUCACACCAUGCCGCCGCGAUCGACGGCAAGCCUCCCCCUCCGGUCGCUCCGGUGGGCACGAGGCUUCAGCUCGUCUCCGCCCUCGGCGGCAGGGGUCGACGGGAAGAUCGUGGCGUCGGUGCUGUUCGAGCGCCUCCCCGUCGUCAUCCCCAAGAUCCACCCAGUCGUCUACGCCUUCCAAGAAUUCUCGUUCCGGUGGGGGCAGCAAUAUAAGCGGAAGUACCCGGACGAUGUUCUUGGCAAGGCCGACGCAAGAGGUAAGGGUGAUUACCAGAUAGAUUAUGUACCUGCUCCAAGAAUCACAGAAGCUGACAAAGCAAAUGAUCGAAAGUCACUACAACGAGCUCUAGAUAAUAAACUAUAUCUUCUUCUGUAUGGUAACACUUUUGGGGCUCCUGAUGGCAAGCCUGUUUGGCAUUUUCCAGAAAAAGUGUACGAAAAUGAAGACACUUUACGUUUGUGUGCUGAGUCAGCAUUAAAAUCUGUUCUUGGUGGACUUGACAACACAUAUUUUGUUGGCAAUGCUCCAAUGGCUCACAUGGUCGCCGAACCAAAUGAAGAUUCUAGUGCUUCAUCCCUCAAGCGUUUCUUUUUCAAGUCGCAAGUGAUUGGCGCCACAAAAUUCAAUAUCGGUAAAUGCGAGGACCAUGUGUGGGUGACAAAAGAUGAGUUACUGGAAUAUUUUCCGGAGCACAAGGCGCUCUUUGACAAGAUGAUCAUUCACAUAAGAUAGCUCUAACCUGGUCAGGGGCGGCUACAAAGCUGAGGCUCGCUGAACAUGCAGCAUUGCAUUGGGCGUCAUGCUGCUUCACCUGUGCACUAGUUUCCGCCGUCAUUUGCAAAAUCGUCAAUUGAAAACACGGCUGCAAAUGCUUCUCCGGAAAGAGAAGUCAAAACAUGGCAACGCUGCCUCUCUUAUUUUGUUUGCACUUUUAGAUUAACGUGACGUCUCUGCUGUAGCCUGCUAUUUUUGGGGAAAUAAUUAAUGGGGUGUCAUUCUGUUCUCCCAAAUUUCCUGACGUUUGUGGCUGCCAGCUUAAUGCCAUGGCGCUUGAACGUUUGUAAUCUGUAUCCUAAUUUCUUCAGUUCUGAACGAUGCUUUCCAGCCCAUCUUUUUCCUCUUUA